CUCCGCUAGCUCACUUGAACAAGUUGAAAACAAAAGCUGCCAGUAUCAAAUCACAAGACGAAUACUAUAUUUUGAGGAAGGAGAUUUAUUAUCAUUCAAAGUUUCACAAUGGAGAAACAAAUCGAAGAAGCUUUUCAAUUUUUUAAGGACAACCCCAAAGUGGCGGCACUAGCAUUGGGAGCUCUGUUCGGGGUCGGUGCGGUGUACUAUGGAAAGUUCAAAUGCUGUGGGGGUUCCCGCCAGCUGACCAGGCCACGCCCUACCGGUAUCUCUUGCUAUCCGGACCUCGUCAAGCAUAACAACAUCAUGGCCAAGUACCUGACGGUCAAGCUCUACUCCAAGCUCUGUGACAGGAGGACCAGUACGGGCUGGACGCUUGACCAGUGCAUCCAGACCGGAGUGGACAACCCGGGACAUCCUUAUAUCAUGACCGUUGGCAUAGUAGCAGGGGAUGAAGAAUCAUACGAGGUUUUCAAGGAGCUCUUUGACGCUGCCAUUCAUGACCGCCAUGACGGUUACGGACCGGACAACAUUCACCCUACCGACCUGAACCAGAACCAUCUCCGAGCCGUAACUCUAGACCCCAACUAUGUCCUCUCGUCUCGGGUGCGCACCGGGAGAUGUAUUAGAGGAUUCCGUCUCCCUCCCGCAUGCAGCAGAGCAGAGCGCCGAAAAGUUGAAGAGAUUAUAAACCAAGCUCUUGCCGGCCUCAAGGGGGAUUUGGCUGGGAAGUAUUAUUCCUUGACCACCAUGUCUGAGAAGGAUCAACAGAAGCUGAUCGAUGACCAUUUCCUCUUUGACAAACCAGUCUCUCCUCUGCUGACCUGCGCUGGCAUGGCCAGAGAUUGGCCCGAUGCUCGGGGAAUCUGGCACAACCAUCAGAAGAACUUCCUGGUAUGGGUGAAUGAAGAGGACCAUGCUCGACUCAUCUCGAUGGAGACAGGUGCCAACAUGGUCAGAGUUUUCCAAAGAUUCUGCAGCGGCUUGAAUGAGUUUGAGAAGAAGAUCAAGCAGGCUGAGCAUGAGUUCAUGUGGAAUGAGCAUCUUGGAUAUAUCUUGACCUGUCCGUCAAACCUCGGUACAGGACUCCGUGCUGGUGUCCAUCUCAAGAUUCCUCUUCUUAGCCAGGAUCCAAGGUUUGAGAUCAUACUGGAGAGACUCCGCCUACAGAAGAGAGGAACGGGUGGAGUAGAUACGGAAUCAACCAAUGGCAUCUUUGAUAUUUCUAACGUCGACAGACUGGGCAAAUCCGAGGUCCAACUGGUACAGACUGUCCUUGAUGGAGUCGCACUGUUGAUCAAGAUGGAAAAAGAACUGGAGCGACAAGGAAACAUCUCCCAAUAUCUUCCCCAAUAGUUCAUAUUAAUUCAUUACCAACGUUGAAAUGUAUAACUGCAACCCCAAAACAAUAAUUAUGAAUAAUAUUUUUUCUUAGUAUAGUAUAGUGAUAGAAUCACCGAGAACAAAUUUAAUCUCAUAGCAAUUCUGAUAAACAUUUUUAUGUCUUAAGCUUUCAAAAUUUAACAAGAUCUGCCGCGGUAGUUAAGCGUAAUUUGCUUGAUAUUGAGGCAUUGCUUUUUACUUGCAUAUGUUUUUUUCCUAUUAAAUGGAUUUAACAUUUUAACCUAAAUAGAAAACAGAAACAGAAACAAAAACAGAAACAAAAAGGAAGACAAAACAAUACUAAAAGGCACUGGUGAUUGGUGACAUUAUGCACAUAAGAUGAGUAACACCUUUAGUGCUUUUUAUAUUAAAUGCUAAAUCAUAAGCAAACAUACGACAUAGAAUUCGUGAAAAAUCAAAAUAAGACACUUGUAUCAGAAAAAAA